AUGGCGACGAUGGGCGUCGAGCGCGUCGCGUUCGCGCGCGCGCGUCAGCGUGGAACGGUCGUUCGCGCGCGCGCGGACGAGGGGGGGGGCGGACGACGGGCGCGCGGCACGGUGCGACGAGUCGCGAGGAUGGGUCGCGGGCUGACAUUCGUGGACGUCGAGUGCGACGACGCGCUGAAGACGCGGGGGGGGCGAGGGACGAGCACGGCGUUCGUGAAGACGUCGGAACGCGUUGGGCGAGGCGUGCGGCCGGGAGCGCGAGUGUCGUUCGCGUGGACGGAGCAGGACGAGGCGGAGCGCGCGACGCGGCGCGACGACCGGGACGGAGCGUACGUCGACGGAUCGGAGAUCGUGAUUCUCGACCCGGCACCGGUGAUGAGCGUGGCGAACGUUCGUAAGGAGAUGUUGGAGCGCUUUGGUGGGGGGUUGAUCGAUCCCUCGAGCGUUGGGAGCGCUCGCGGGAUGUCGUCGUUUGGGUUGUGCAAGGCAACCUUGAGAGGAGAGCAGUGUCGGGAUCCAAACUGCGUUCGAAGACACGACGCGAGCGAUGAAGAGCUGCGAUUGGCGAGGGAAAGUCGAGAACGAGCGAGAGAGCGCUCACGAAGGGCGAUAGAGGCGGAGAGGAGCGAUGAUGAUCCGCACGGUGAGGCAAACAAGGAAGCGAAGUGCGUCAGCGACAGGCUCUUCGCCGAGUGGUGCGUCGAGACGUUCGGAUUGAAGACGAGCGAGAAGGAUACGCUCGUGGCUGACAUUGCCGGUGGGUCCGGAACGCUUUCGUUUGAAUUUCACGUCAAUAACGGUGUUGGGUGUGUCCUCGUUGAGCCAAGAUGUGUGUCGUUGACGCCUCGUCAGCGCGCAACUUGGAACAAUUUGCGGCGUCGAGGCGCUCGAGAGGACGCCAAGCCGGCGGCGCGCGAAGCGUGGCUUCGAAGUGAGUUAUGGGUAAAGUGCGCUGACGAACAGAACGAGACGAGGAUGAAGGAGCACUUCACGCGCUUGACCGCUUACACCGAAAUCGCGACGGAUGAAGAUGUCAACGCAGUGAGCGCCGCGGCGCCGCCCUCUGAUCGCUCAGUGCUCGAUGCGCAUUUUGAGGAGUUUCCGCGAGCCGUUCCAAGAGCCAUUGCGGGAUGUGAUGCCGCCGUGAACGUCGCGCCGUUUACGCAUGUUAGGGCAGAGUUCUGGUCUCUCGAUUCCUCCGUCGGCGAAAAGCUGAAGCGAAUGCGCCCGGAUGUCUUGGUCGGUAUGCACGCCGAUCAAGCCACUGAAGCGAUUAUUGAUGCGGCGCUCGCGUUGAACGUCGGUUUUGCGGUGGUACCGUGCUGCACGUUCCCGGAGCUUUUCCCGCAUCGAAGAACGCCGACCGGCGGCCCGGUGUCGAGUUACUCCGAUUUCAUAGAGUACCUGUGCGCGAAGGAUCCGUCCAUUCAACGCACGUUCUUACCCUUCAAGGGCCGGAAUCAAGUCCUUUUCAGGACCGUAGACUAG